CUCCGUGAAAAUCGUCAGUCAACAACAGCACACGCCACAGUGCGAACCAUAAACGGGAACACUGCCACAUACCCAAUUAAACGUGCAUACUGUUAUCAAAAAAAUCAACGGAAUCGAAUCGUUCAAAAUGAAAAUACACGUGAUCAUCGGUCUGGUCGGUUUCGUCGCGGUCGCCGUGCGCGCGGAGGACGCGGCCGUCGAGCAGACGAAAAAUGUGGAGCAACAGCAGCAGCAGCAGCAGUCGGUCGACGAGGACCAUCAGUCCAACAAACGUAGCGUGGUCGGCGAGGAGUACGGCGCCGAGGAGGCGUACGCUCCGUCCGGCGUGGCCGACGCCGGCGAUUCGUACGCGCCCAGCGCGGAAGCUUACGCGCCGUCCUCCGCGGCCGCCGACGUACCGGCUCCGGUCGCUUACAGCUCGGGCCCGAUCGCUUACAGUUCGGGCGCGGCUUACGGCCCGUCGGCUUACGCGGCCCCCACCGCUUACGCCGGCCCGUCCGCUUACGCCGCGGCCGCCGCUCCGGUCGGCAUCGCCGCCGCGCCAGCUGCCUACGGUUACGGACCUACCGCGUAUUCCGCUGGACCCGCUUACGCCCCGGCGUACGGACCCGAACACGUCAUAUCGCAACACGUCGAGAUCAACCGCGCCAUACCCGUGCCCGUGUACAGGACCGUAGCCGUGGGCGUGCCGCAACCCGUGCCCGUCCAAGUGCCGUACCCGGUGCCGGUAAUCAAGACGGUCGCGUACCCGGUCGAGAAACCCGUGCCGUACCCCGUGGACAAACCGUACCCGGUGCACAUCGAGAAGAAGGUCCCGGUGCCGGUGGACCGACCGUACCCGGUGCCCGUGUACAAGAUCAAGCACAUCUACCACGAGCCCAAGUGGACCAAAUGGCUCAGCGGCUGGUAGUAUAAGUCCGCGACGUAAGGCACCCUCGACAGCCGUGUAUCCUGUUUCUGUCUUCUUGUAACGAUAUUCGUUUUCCUUUUCGGACAGCGACGUGACACUUGACUACAUAUUAUUGUAUAUAACCGCGUUCUUAUAAAUAUAUGUAAAUAAGUUAUGUAAGCACUCAAGUGUUACGGUACUGAUGAUAAUUGUGGACUGAUACCAUACACGUUGCCGAUGGGCAUUUUUAUGAAUAAUUUUUUAUUUUGUAUAAUAACCUUGUUGACUAGUAUGUAUUUCAAACGCAAUAGUAAAAAAUAAAUAUAACAUUAUGACAUCCAUAAAAA